AUGGAAACUUGGUCCACGAUUCUUGGUUGGACACUAUCCAUUGUGGCGGCGGCUGGAAAUAGCUCUAUUAUUUUUCUUGUUUGCGGCAAACGACGGCUCCUCACUAAAAUCAACGCUUUCAUCAUUUCUCUCGCAGUAGCGGAUCUCGGUGUAGGGGCCAGCGUUUUCCCUUCACAGUUUUUCUACGAAAUCGUUCAAACUAGCCACAACUCGUCUUCAAGAUGUUGGAAUAUCGAUCGAAUACGAUGGCUGUUCGGCUACGCAUCUGUGACAAGCUUGUGCAGUUUAGUUCUGGAUCGCUACGUGGCGAUUGUUACGCCUUUAAAGUAUCUAAAUUUUAUGAGCCGAGGUCGUGUUAUCCAAAUGAUUUUUGUUUCCUGGGCAAUCCCUGUGGGAUUUGUCAUAACUUCAUUUUUCUUACUCAAGCGGAAUUUUGUUAUCAUAUUUGCCAUGUUUUGGGAGAUUUUUUCAUGCUGCUUUCUAAUAUUCUGCUUUUCCUCUAUCAUACUUGUCGUAUAUAAACAUGAUAGAUCGUCAGCCACCUUAGCAAAACAGUUACGGUUCAACCACAGAGGUUUGACAGUCAGCAGUCAGGACAGAUCAGCAGUAACAAUGAUGGCGAUUGUAAUAGUCGUGUUUCUCGUCUGCUAUGCAAUAUAUUUGCGCUGCAGUCUAGUAUCACUUCUUCAUUAUCCCCGUUGUGAUGAUAAAGUCUAUAAAAUACCUAUGUUAGUCCUGAAUUCUGCCAUCAACCCUUGGGCAUAUGCAUUCUUCAAGAGGGACAUAAAGAGGGAGAUGGUGAAGAAAUUGAUUUGCCGAAAAACCAAGGAGAAACUGCAAAAUCAAUAACCAUUAAAAAUGCAAGAUUUGAGUUUACAGUUUUUUAAGUUUAGAAAUCAAAAAGUGUUAAAUCCUCAUGAGCCCGUAGGCACAGUUUCGACAGUUUUUUCCAAUAAUAAUAAUAACGCGCAAAUUUUCAUAUCAUGGUAUAUGAUAAAAUGCGCGUAAAGGAGAAGAUGAACUCUAGAGUUAAUGCCUCCCAGCCAAUAGUAGAUUCAAUGACUCGAAAAUUCGUCCUAUUGUUACAACUUAUUUUAUAGAUACCUUCCUUUAUCGUGAUUAUAACAGUUUGAUCCCAUACUGCCAGGCAACUCAGACAGUGUUUUAUAAGCAUAUAAAUUGUCAAUCGAACAAUAGACAUUUUCCGUAAUAAUUAUUAUCAGCUGUUUUUGAAAACUAAAGAUAUCUAAGGUCUUGACUUCAAGUUAAGCACAAACUCAAGAAACCUUUGUUUGCUCUAUAAAUUAAAAGCACACCACAAUAAACGUUUGCGACAACUGAUAACCCUAAGAAAACAGGCCAUUAGCGACGCCAACAAUGGUUUCCUCUUUUCACAGACCCUCCAUUUUCUCUUCUCUUUCAAGCGUGCGAGACAAAAAACCGCGAGGGAUUUAUUGACCGCCAGCACAAGGGGGUAGGAUUGGAGGAAGAAGAAAAUGGACGGUCUGCAGACAUCUUUAGGAGCAACUGAAACUUUCUCUUCGCAGUAACAGCAAAUUACCAUUGGCUGAACGGCGAUUAUUCUGUCAUCAUCAUGUCAACGACUCAUUACGCUCACGUCAUGCGAGUAGAAGCGUUUGUCAUCGCCUGGAGGCGCUAACUUACUAUUGUAAUUUGCAUAAAAAACAUCAAUUGAAAGCGCCGCCGGAUGCAGUCAUACUGAGUUUGUAUUGACCAUGCUGACCAUAUCUUUUGUAUAAGAUUAUAGACUAUGGAAAGCGUGCUUGACGACUGUUUGGCACAGUUUUCAAGCAAAUACGUGCUCAAAGAAGAGCGGCGCCAGGCUGUUUUGGGUUUACUGGGGCAAGAGGAUGUUGUGGCCGUUCUUACCACGGGUUUUGGGAAAAUUUUAAUUUACCAGUUGUUCGCGGCAGUGAAACUCAAACAAAGAGAAAAGAGCGUAGUAUAAGUCGCAUCGCCAUUGCGGGUAUUAUCAAUGAUCAAGUUGAAGCAAUGGUUUUAAUCAUAAAAGAAAAUCGAGCCCAGGUGCGUCUAACCUUAUUACUGUAAUCGUCCGCCAACUUUCGUUUUGUUAAUAACACCUUGACGAACGCUCUCAAUAAACAGAUGCUCCGUAGCUUUACGGGAAAGCGUUAAUAUCCUACAAUAAUCCGAUGGUUCGAUUUGUUUCGGCUUCUGACCUCUUUUAGCCGGCUUUUUCGGCGUUGAAGCAGUGUGACAAGACAUUCUUAAACAAACACGCGAGUCCGGGUGUCAUUUUUAAAAUGUUCUAAAAUACUUAGUAAUUGAUAUCUCCAAUAUCAUUGGUUCAAUCUAAUUGGUACUGCGAACGCGUAGGGGAUAAUUAUGAGGCGUUGAUUUGGGGGAGGAACUUUAAAAUAAACCUCUUUUUUCCCAAAGAUGUUUACUGACGUUCUCGAAGACAACGAAAAAAAACAACGUCUGUGUACAGGUUACGCGAAUAUAUAGCCUGCGUAGCAGGCGCUUGGAAGAAGUGGUCGUAAGAAAGAACGGGCGCUCGAGAGGGAGACACGAUCGUUGCGCCCACUACUUCCAUGCGCCUGCUACGCAGUCCACCCGAAAUAAGGUCUGAGGAACGAGCGUAGAAAUUCCAUGCUGAUGACGCGUCACAACCCACAUCUGGAUAGUGCUCCUGAUUGGUUGAAGCAAAAUUUCCCUUGCGACACGACUAAUCAGAAAUACUAUCUGGGUAGUGACAAGUCAUCAGUAUUAACAGUAUGGAAUUUCUGCAGCCGUUCUUCAGAAGUCACUUUACGUGGAAAACCAGUGGUGGCCAGAGUGAUGGCUAGUUAUCGCGAACGUUCAAAAUAGCGCGUGACUUUGCUAAGUAUUGUCCUUCUCAGUUUACGGCUCAGUCACAUGCAGACUGAAUAUUAGGCGAGACCUUUGAAAGACGGUCUGCUUCUCUGGCUAGGUUCUCGACUCAUCGGUACAACGUAUACAGUGCACAGAUCACGCUAACUUUUUACGUCAUCCGGGUUACUUCCAAAAUUGUCCGUUGUCUUUCUUAACUGGCUAAAUUAAGAGAAAAAGUCUGAGAUAUUUGUCUGGAUACUUGGAAAAUGUCCAUUAUAAGUCGAGUUUGGUUAAGCUCUCAUUGGGAAGACGCCGGUAUGUAUAUGAUGCAUUGAUCAGGUAAACGUUUUAUGACAUUUCUUGGGGGUUACAUAAAAUUGUCCGUUCUAAAAAAUAGUAAAUGAAAAUAGCCUGUGCUAGUAUAGCGAGCUAUUAUUAUCAGAAGCCUAUAUGUAAACGAUGCCAGUGUCCGUUACAAGUGCAUUCCAAAAUUCUUGUAAAACAACCAAUGCAUGCAAGCGGCCUCAAAACAAGUUCCUCUGAUGAAAGUCUUUGAUAUUUCAAAGGAGGCUGUUGGUUACGGUCCGACCGGAUGGAUUUUCGUUUGGCACUGCUGAGAUCGCUUGGGGUGAAGCUUUUAAACUAUUUACUGAAUUGUAAUUACCAGUUGUCCACACUGCAUGUAUAGUGUCGAGUCAUUUAUUUUUUCUCCUACACCGGCCCCUCGUGUUUGUGUAAUCAAUGUUUUCUGAUUCCCCUUUGUGUGUUGCAAAUUAAUUAUCUAACUUCACUCUCACCAAAUACGUUCAAUUCUGGAUGUGAUCUAACUCUCUACAAACUGACACUUAUGUGAAAAAAAUAUGUUCAUAAUGCUUUAUUGUUAGCUUUGAAUAAUAGGUUGCAACUAGUUGUUUUACAACACGAAUCUCAAACCUCGGACUUACGAAUAUUUUGAGAAAUUAUUGAAAAGAAAUCCACGAGCCCUUAGAUCUUUUUUUUUGUUUUCAAAACAUGAUUAAUAAAUCAUUUGAUAAUUAUUCGACAGACAUUUUUUUAAGGGAUGAGUAGGUACAAUUAACUAACUAUGAAGCAAAGCCGGUCCUCAGGUCCAAAUCUAAACUCAAAACCUCCCCGUAGUGUGUGUUGAAAAUAGAUCGUAACUGAGCUCGUCAAGAAAAGAAAAACUUUAACAUAUUUUGCGCUGUUCAACUAAAGCUUUCCUACUUCAUUAAUAUCAAAAUAUACUCGGGAAAAACUUGCACAGAGAAAUAAAUUAAAUCGUCUUACAAAAAAAUUUCCAAUAAAAUCAUUUCUCCUUAUAUCCAGGCUUAUAUGUCUUCCUUUUAAAAGAAGAAUAUCUUUGAAAUAGAUAGUGAAGAAAUGGUCAGUAUAGAGAAAUAGCCGACUCACUUGUUGUCAAAGUGUGAUUAUUGAGUGAUAUAUUAAAUUAUAUAUGCAUAAGUCAGUACACCACUAAGUAAAAUCAGAGUAGGUGCUUUCACUGAGGAAGGGUAUUGAUCGUAGCCAAGAUAAAGAGUAAUCAUGCAGUAAUCAUAGAAUGGAAACCUGGUUUUGGGUUCUUGGCUGGGUUCUUUCCGUUCUGACGAUAACUGGAAAUGCCUUCAUUAUCUCACUUGUUGGCCGCAAUCGACCUCUCCGCACCAAAACCAACGCGUUCAUAGCUUCGCUUGCUGUGGCAGACUUUCUUGUUGGUGUGGGCGUCGUUCCUUCUCUCUUCUUCUGCGAGAUCUCAGGAGGCGGGUGUAAAUGGUCUCGAGCCUGGUCGUCCUGGCUUCCUGAUUUGAUACGAUGGCUUUUUGGAUACGCGUCGGCAUUCAAUUUGUGCAGCUUGGUGACAGAUCGCUAUAUAGCUAUUGUAAAGCCUUUAAAAUACGUAACGUGCGUAACUCCACGUCGCGUGAUUCAAAUGAUAUUCCUUUCUUGGGCGAUCCCCUUUGGAUUUGUGACGACUACAUUUUUCCUCGUUUUGUUUAGGAUUGAAUACGCGGGUUUUAUAAAUGCUUCAACGAUGUUCUUUGAGGUCGCGUCAUGUUGA